CUCCUGGCCCCGUGGGGCGGGGCGACACCGCACCACAAUUAAAGAUGAACUUUGCGUGAACUAAUUUAUCUGAGCAAGGUAACAGGAGGCCGAGACGCGGGGAAUGGGUAUAAAAGGGUGCAUAACCCCGGAGACUCUCAGCAGUUCAGCACCAGCGCUCCUUUCUGAGUGAUCUCUCUCUCUCUCUCUCUAGUGUUUAUUAUUUUUUUUUGUGAGUGAGCGACUGUCAGUGGGUGUGCGCGCGCUCUCUAUCUCACUAUGGGUCUAUACACUUUACUGGUAACCUUGCUGUGCACGGUGGUGCUCCCAGUGCUGCUGUUUCUGGCCGCGGUGAAGCUGUGGGAGGUGCUGGUGGUCAGAGGGAUUGAUCCGGGCUGUCGGAGCCCCGUUCCUCCAGGGACCAUGGGCUUACCGUUUAUUGGAGAGACGCUGCAGCUCAUCCUGCAGAGAAGAAAAUUUCUCCGGAUGAAGCGACAGAAAUACGGAUUUAUCUACAAAACUCACCUAUUCGGUAACCCCACGGUGAGGGUGAUGGGGGCGGACAACGUGAGGCAGAUUCUGCUGGGGGAACACAAACUUGUUGCUGUUCAGUGGCCGGCAUCAGUCAGGACCAUCCUGGGCUCUGACACGCUCUCUAAUGUCCACGGCAGCCAGCAUAAAAACAAAAAGAAGGCGGUGAUGAAGGCAUUCUCCCGGGAUGCUCUGGAGCACUACAUCCCGGUGAUCCGGGAGGAGGUGCGGAGCGCCGUGCAGGACUGGCUGCAGCGCGCCCCCUGCGUGCUCGUCUACCCCGACAUGAAGCGCCUCAUGUUCCGCAUCGCCAUGAGGAUUUUACUGGGCUUCGAGCCGGACCAGAUCAAGACCGACGAGCAGGAGCUGGUCGAAGCCUUCGAGGAGAUGAUCAAGAACCUGUUCUCUCUUCCCAUUGACGUCCCUUUCAGCGGUUUAUAUCGGGGGCUGAAAGCGCGAAACUUCAUCCACGCCAAAAUAGAGGAGAAUAUUAAAAAGAAAAUCCAAGAUGGCGACAACGAAAACGAACCAAAACACAAGGACGCGCUUCAGCUGUUGAUUGAAAACAGCAGGAAGAGUAAUGAGCCACUUAGCAUGCAGGCUAUGAAGGAGUCCGCAACUGAACUACUCUUUGGAGGCCACGAGACCACAGCUAGCACAGCUACUUCUCUAGUCAUGUUCCUGGGGCUGAAUCCAGAGGUGGUUGAACGAAUUAGAGACGAGCUGAAAGAGCAGGAUAUUUCCAGCUUGCAUUCACCUGGGAAAGCUCUAAACAUGGAGAUCCUGGAACAGCUAAAAUACACUGGCUGUGUCCUUAAGGAAACACUCAGAAUAAAUCCACCUGUACCUGGAGGAUUUCGUGUGGCACUUAAGACGUUUGAGCUCAAUGGCUACCAGAUUCCCAAAGGAUGGAAUGUCAUUUACAGCAUUUGUGACACACACGAUGUUGCAGAUGUCUUCCCCAACAAAGAGGAAUUCCAGCCGGAGCGAUUCAUGACCAAAGGCUUGGAGGACAGUUCCAGGUUUAACUACAUCCCCUUCGGAGGAGGCUCCAGGAUGUGUGUGGGCAAAGAGUUUGCCAAAGUGCUGCUCAAGAUCUUUUUAGUCGAGCUAGUGCAGCAGUGCAACUGGACACUUUUAAACGGACCUCCGACAAUGAAAACGGGCCCAACAGUGUACCCCGUGGACAAUCUUCCCACAAAGUUCACCCCUUACAUCAGCAAUUAAUCCAUUAACUCCGGCUUGAGCUGCUAGCGUAAGCAUUGUACAUAGGCAUUAGAUGAAAUGUGACGUAUGACAUUUUUAUAUUUUGGUUUAUAUAAUAGAUCUGUAUAUAUCCAUUUUUAACAAAGGGCACUACUCUUUCAUGGAUCACUUUAUUUCUUUGAGGUGUCUGUGAUGUAUAUUUGUAAUGUAGCUUUGUUUUUAUAUAUAUAUUUAGUGUUUUGUACUGAAUGCAACUUAUUUAAAUUACUAUUUGCUGUAUGGGCUUUAUUUAAUAAAACAUUGUGACUACAUUGCAAAA